AUGGCGUUUCCGCUUUGCUGGACCUCCCCGGCUUCUCCCUUCAAACCCUUGGGUGGCUCUCCCACCAUAAGCCUAACCCAAGACCUUAGCCCCGAUCAGUCUAAUGUCGACAUCUUAAUUCUUGAGUGUAACGAUGUGUACAAUAUUCUCUACACUUUGUACGCAGACGUGUUUGUUGGGCCUGACCCUCGCAAGAUAGACAUAACAUGCAGCGAAAAGGAGCCAGCCGUUAUAGCCCGCAACAUUCUGUUCUUUACUCUGCUUUAUGAGAAAGCAGCAGUCGAACAAAUAUGGAACAUAUACUAUCAUUUCAAGAUUGACGAAUCUACCUCGGCUCUUUUGACGGCUCAUUCACGCAAAUUGGCUGAUGCCUCAGUAGCACUGAGCGCUUGGUCUCAGUCUCCCUACUCAUCUCUUAUCAAAAUUGUCAAUCAGGAUACUCUAGACAAAAUUCACAAUAUUUGGACAAAGUAUGCCAACUUUCCAGAACUUCCUAAUCAAAUGCUACAAGAUAUCAAAGCAAAGCAAAGCAAGCUCGCCAGUGCAAUGCUUAAGAGUACAGGAUCUGAUCAGAACAUACGCGUUUCGCGCUCGACCACACUGGUGUGGCCCCAAUCUGCAAUUGAGGUAUCAGACGAGUUCAAGCGUUUCUGGCGUACAGGUACUACGAAUAAGCCAUCCAGCAACGAGGAUAGGCUGAAUCCAGCAUGGAUAUACUCGGGCAAGAACGAGGAGUGGUCUGUUUACUCUACUUCGUUUCCAGAGGUAUUCCACUUGGUGGAGGCGUUCCUACCUGACAAACGUGACCCAAGAAAGAAAUUACCGACGUGCCUAGAUAAAGCCAGGCAGCAGUUUAAGCUAGCAUGCGAGUCUUUCCAGGUGUCGCUUCGUACUGAGAAACUUACUCUCCGAUUCUAUACUGGCGACCCACUGUGUUUUUCCCUUGCUCUACAAUCUAGCUCAGAAUUAAUCCCACAGUAUAUCGACCCUUGGGACGCCAAACCAAUCGACUUGACCCAUCACUUUUCUUUAUCUCCUCCACGACAAUUCGAAAUCAUUGAUGCUACGCGCUUUAUUGAUACCCACGGGCUCUGGAAUCUAAUUAUUGCUAUUCAACCGCUGCUUGCCUCAACCAGUAGCAUUCUCUACACCGAAGCACACACCCCUUCUGAUCAAUACGCCCCCAUCACAUUUUAUGAACGCAUCUGCUCGGAUCUCCCGACUUUCAGCCUGAUCAGCGGCCUUGUUCCUCGUGCAUUUAUUUCCGAAUUCCAAAGCCAAUCCAACUCUCACGAAAUAAAUAUAUUUGAUGAAGAAGAACAUGAACAGCGUGUUGCCUGGGUGUCUGCAGAUCCAUGCCCUCCAUCGGUUCCUCUUGGAGUAAAGUUUAGCGUCACAGAUAUUGCAGACGCACUCUUUUACAUUUAUCGGGGAAUGCAUUUCUUUGACGAUAGUCCCGAGUACUUCGAACCUGUCCCCCUCUCCAGAUUGCGCGUUUGGUCCCAAUUGCCUUAUAACCGGGAAACAGUGGCACGCAUUGUUCGACACGUGCAGUCUAGAGGCCAAAUUCAUCUGGUUGGCGGAAUGUGGGAGGACGUUGCUAACAGAAUCAUACACCUGGUUCAAGGUAACAAACUUACCUAUCAAGACGACCGACAUUUAGAAGAUCUCAAACUUCAAUUCCAACUAUGUGAUUUCCUUCCCCUCCCGAAUCCACCGACUCCCGUUGGUAUAUUCGCAGGGUGGAGCGAAGUUCCUCCUGUCGUCUGCCUGGUACUGAAGAUCCCGGCGUCAGCUAAUGAGUUGAAGGUGCUCAAGGACUAUGGUGAAUCGAUCCAACCGCGUUUGACUUGCAUUAUCCGGAAGUCCGCCAACGAUAACAAGCCGCAAAUGUUUUCGUCACUACAUGCAGUAUGGGGAACCCUUGUGCCUUCGGAAGACGCAUACAGUAUCGAACCGGACAGAUCUGGACAAGAGACCAACGGCUCCUCCGAUAUGAUCGUUUCGUUUUGGAUCUCGUCCGCGCUGAUUGCAGGGAAUGAGACCACUGUUAGUCUGGCUUUCAGGUACACUUCCUUGAGUCACCGUUUAUACCACAGGAGUCUCGGUCAUGAUCUGGAUAUCUUCAAAGCUCAAGUUAAGGAUCAAAAGCAUGUGCUCGUUCUUCGCUCUCGGCCUAUGCAAGCUCCUUUUAAGCAAUCACUACCUCUUCUCCCUGCUCCGCCACCUCCAUCUAGCAACGCAACUUGCGAAUCCCGGCUUGAUGUUACGGAUCCUGAAGAAAAGAUUUCCCUUGCAGGAGGAGCGAAGGUUUCCAUGCAACUCGAAGGGCCAUGUAGGUUACGCCUAUCAAUUGGUGACUACACACAUGCGGUCAGCAUCCCAUUUCCUGCAAAGGAGUCGGAUAUCAGACUUAGGAUUGCGAGAAAAUCUUCUUACAUAGAAGCGGUUACGACUCCAUACCAACCAUGGUACGCGGGAGGCUACCCGCCUAGUCCUUUCCCCAUCCUCUCGAAUCCGCCCAGACCUUGGAACGUACAUCAUAUUCCGCUCGACAAACUUCCGUUGAUCGAACUCUCUGAUACUGAGGCUAUGGAGACGUAUAUCCUUCCCCACAUGGCUUUACAGCAUUCCGAUCGCGAGCGUAAGAUUAUGUUCGACCCUAACUACGUUCCUCGCGACCACAUUCAUGCACUCAAAGUCGGAAUCAACAUUCUUAUCCAUGAUUAUAUCGGUUUCAAGUUCCGAGGGCCGCCUUUUGAGGUCUUUGCUCUUCGGCCGGUGGGCUCGGGAGUUCAGAUGGUUCUGCUCGUAGGCGGGAUGAGAUCAGACUCUUCUGGAGGCACGAUCGUACUCGACACGGCCGUUAUACCUGUUACCAACGAGAACAAGUCCAUGGUUCUGCCACUUCUCGACCCAAUAGGCGAGUCGGGUGUGUUAAUCAUGAGCGUCGACGUACAGCAUGGUGAAAUGGGGGCAUGGAAGCAGUAUUUGGCAGCCUGUAUAGAGCGUGUUCGAACUUGGACCCACAAGCCCGAGUGCGAAUAUCAGGCGGCCGGACAAGCCCCGAUAUCGCUUCAAGACGGCGAGGAUUCGAUUUGUGCUUGCGGGAAUGGUAUCGGGUUUGAAGGUAAAGAAUGGAUCCCUCCUGAAGCACCCAAAUGGCAGCAACUUCUGCCUUAUGCGACUCGUGCAGGCGUAUCACCCAUUUUCUCCGUUCCUUAUCUGGAGAUUGUGGGAGGAGAAGUAUUCAAAGAUACCGGAACUCUUGUUGGGAUCAUGCUUAAGGAGUACGGAAACCGCGUCCAGAACGAACUUGAGCAACCGGCACAAGGCACGACUGAUACUCAGGUCAUGGGUGAAUAUGUACCAAGGACUAGUUCUGCUACGAGAAAUGAAACUACGCUACAAUCAGUUGAGCAGUCACAUCUCCCAAACGUGGAGUCUCUAACCUUGCACGAGACAAAUGAAUCAGAACUUUCAUAA